CCUGUCAUAAAGAAAGAAAGAAUAGUAUACAUCAAGAAUGACUUUGAAUAUCGUUGAUUUUCUUUUGUAAUAAAAUUUAUUAUUUUCAAAGACCCGGUUUAUUUCAGCAAUUUUAUUUAAUUCAAAAACUAAUAAUGUUUAGAAGAAAGGCAAUUACUAUACGAGUGGUCUUUGGUGGGAGGAAAUACACAUCGGGGACAACCACAAACAGGGCGUACAUAAUAUGCAGGCGAUAUCACCAAACAACCCAGUUGCAGUAUAUGACGUGUCGAAAUCCACACAUACCCCUGACAAUGCAGCUAUCCCGAAGAAUACACAUUUCACCAGUUUUAAGCGGCGAAGAAGUUGUGUCAGCGCCUACAUUCCCUGAUUCCGUCAGCAGUGGAGAUGCGAAGUUGCUCAAGAAGGAAGGUGAUGCCGUCGCAAUGGAUGAAGUGAUUAUGGAAAUUGAAACCGACAAGACGGCCCUGCCUGUCAUGUGCCCUGGACAUGGCGUCCUCAGUAAAUUUUUCGUGAAACAAGGCGAUUCUAUCAAGUCUGGACAAAAACUGUUUUCGGUGAACGUAACAGGCGUGGCUCCGGCUGCAAAGCCAGCUGCAGCUGCGGCAGCACCAAAAGCUGCCCCGGCCGCUGCCCCGGCCGCCGCCCCGGCCGCCGCCCCGGCCGCUGCCCCGGCCGCCGCCCCGGCAGCUGCACCCGUCGUCGCCGCCGCGGCCCCUCGAGCUGCACCAGCCGCCCGUCGUGUUACUUUAGGCACUAAAGGCCCAGCGAAACCUCCAGCUUUAAGAACUUUGAGGGAGGCUGAUCCUACCAAAACAAUAUCGGGCACUCGCACCGAUCAUCCGGUACCUAUGAAUAAAAUGCGGCUCCGCAUCGCAGAGCGGUUGAAAGACGCGCAGAAUACAACCGCUAUGUUGACAACUUUCAAUGAAUGCGAUAUGAGCAAACUAAUGGCGUUCCGGAAAGCAAACUUAAAAGCGUUUACGCAGAAGUAUGGAGUGAAACUGUCGUUCAUGUCACCGUUCAUAAAAGCUGCAGCGAACGCUCUCAUCGACCAGCCAGUCGUCAACGGGGUCAUCAUCAACCAAGAUAUUAUCUAUCGAGACUAUGUGGACGUAUCCGUCGCAGUGGCGACACCUCGUGGACUAGUGGUGCCCAUCAUUCGUAACGUCGAUACUAUGGACUAUCCGCAAAUCGAACUCGCUAUGAAUGAUCUAGCACAGAAAGCUAGGAAUGGUCGACUCACACCUGCUGACAUGCAAGGUGGUACCUUCACGCUGAGCAAUGGUGGAGUAUUUGGAUCCCUCCUCUCUAUGCCCAUAAUCAAUCUACCGCAGUCGGCCAUUCUAGGCAUGCAUGCCAUCGUCCAACGACCAGUCGCAAUAUCCGGCAAGGUUGAAAUCAGGCCAAUGAUGUACCUGGCUCUGACCUACGACCACAGGCUGAUUGAUGGCCGCGAAGCAGUGCUAUUCCUAAGAAAAGUAAAGUCAGGAGUUGAAGACCCAACUUCAAUUCUUGCUGGAAUUUAGUUGUAUACGGACAAGUCUUUAGUUACGGUUACGGUAAGGUUAUAGUCUCGCGCAAAGUAGGUACCUACGAAUUUAUUUAAUAUAGUUCUGAAAUUUUAUUGUAAUUACGUAGUAUGCUUUGAAGUACCUUCAAGGCAUACUACGUAAUUAAAACUGGAUUUUAUGAUUAACAAUAACAUUGUAACCUCGAGGUUCCGUAAAAGGGCUUAUGUAAAGCACGAUGUUUUGGGUACCUAUUGUUCCAACUUUACAUUUUGAGUGGAUCCAAUGACCUUUUAUGACUACAAUGGAAUAAAUGCAAUUAUUACGUAA